AUGGCGGCGCCCAUGAAAUAAGAAAUAAAUAUUAUUAUUGUCUGUUUUUUUGUUGAUUUGUUGGAAAUAUUCAAAAGCAUGCUUCUGACAGAUAUGGAUUGAUAAGACAUAGAAAUAUUUAUUGUCAAUAAUGAAGAAAGAAGGCAAAGGAGAUGGACAAAGACCGUUUAAAAUAGCUCAUCAGACUUUGUGCAUAAGAGCAAUUAACUUUAACAGAAGAUCAGUUGUGGGAUAUGUAGAGCUAGCCAUACAUCCACUGGUGCCAAACCUUAGAAGGGUCAAGAUUAACAGUAAGCAAUGCAGAAUUUAUCAAGUGACCAUCAAUGAGCAAUGGGACGCCAGAUUCCUGUACAAUGAUCCAUCACUGGAAAUCUGUCAAGGAGAUGCUAAACAACGUAAUCUUGAUUAUUUCCAAAACUUCCAUUUGACCUCUAUGACAACAGUUGACCCUGACACUGGUAAUGGAGAAGUUACGAUAAGAAUGCCACCAGAAUCACAUCCUUUGAUAUCAGAGUUAAGACCAUUCAAAGUAUGCAUAGAAUUUUCGCUAGAACAGCCAAAGGGAGGAAUUCACUUUGUAACUCCUAAUAUGGAAGGUACACCAGCAGAGAGGAGUUGUCAUUUGUUUACUUAUAAAAGUUUAUAUGAAAAUUCAUCAAGGAUGUGGUUCCCCUGUAUUGAUACCUUCUCUGAACUAUGUACCUGGAAGAUAGAGAUUACUACAGAAAUGGACAUGACAGCUGUGUCGUGUGGUGACCUUAUAGAGGUCAUGCAGAUGCCAGACAGGAAGAGUAAAACAUUUCAUUACUUCCUGUCUACACCAACUGCAGCACCAAAUAUUGCAUUGGCUGUUGGACCGUUUGAGAUUUUGGUAGAUCCAAACAUGCAUGAAGUCACACACUUUUGUCUGCCACAUCUGACAGAAAUCCUGAAGCAUACUACCGGUUACAUACAUGAGGCUUUUGAGUUCUAUGAAGAGUUACUAUCCAGUAGGUAUCCAUAUUCCUGUUAUAAACAAGUGUUUGUAGACGAAAGUUUCAUUGACAUGGAUCCAUAUGCUACGAUGACAAUAUUUAGCACAAACCUGCUUCACUCCUCCAGAAUUAUAAACCAGACAAUAGAGACCAGGACUCUGAUGGCUGCAGCAGUAGCAGAACAAUUCUUUGGCUGUUUUCUCUCCAUGGCCAGCUGGCCUGAUGCAUGGUUAACUGUUGGCAUUGCAAAAUAUCUAGCUGGAUUGUUUAUCAAGAAUAAGUUUGGAAAUAAUGAAUACAGAUAUCUUGUUUCUAAGGAAAUGAGGCUUGUGCAGGACUAUGAACACAGGGUUGGUGGAAUAGUAUUAGAUCCUGCAGCCAAACAUGGGACACAUCACUUCUUUGUAUGGCAUAGACAGACUAUUUCUCCUAACUAUGCUGAAAUAUUUCAGAAAAAGGCUCAUCUUAUUCUCAGAAUGUUUGAAAUUAGAAUAGGACAACAACUUCUCAUUCAGGUUUUGAAUAAGCUGCUAGCUUUGGCUGUUUCCUCAGCACAACAAAAGUUCUUAGCCAAUACAUGGGGUAAUACACUUCUAUCUACCAGUUCUUUCACAAAGAUCAUUUCCACAGUAACUGGUAAAGAUAUUCAGCCAUUCUUGGACUUAUGGGUAUCACAGAGUGGAUGUGCUCGUUUCUUUGGUAGUUUUGUGUUUAACAGAAAGAGAAAUGUUGUUGAGUUAGAAAUCAAACAGGAUCUGAGUGCUAAAGGAGCUCUUAAAUAUGUGGGUCCUUUGACAGUCACCAUACAAGAAUUAGAUGGAUCUUUCAAUCAUACAUUUAAGAUAGAGGAAAAUAAGACAAAGUUUGACAUCACUUGUCAUUCUAAAAGUAGGAGAAAUAAGAAGAAAAAGAUACCCCUGGUAACAGGAGAGGAAGUUGAUAUGGACCUCAGUGCUAUGGAUGCUGAUUCUCCUGUGUUAUGGCUACAGAUAGAUCCUAAGUUAGAACUUCUGAGGCAGGUGACCUUUGAACAACCUGAUUACAUGUGGCAAUACCAACUUAGAUAUGAGAGAGAUGUCGUCUCACAGAAAGAGGCUAUAGCAGCUUUAGAGCAUUAUCCUUCACCAGCGACAAGGAAAGCCCUGACUGAUGUAUUAGAAAAUGAACAUUGUUUCUACAAAGUUAGAAUAGAUUCUGCUCAAUGUUUAGCAAAGGUAGCCAACUCCAUGGUAACAUCAUGGGCAGGACCCCCAGCAAUGAUGACAAUUUUCAGGAAGAUCUUUGGAUCCCACUCUUGUCCAGCCAUCAUAAGACAAAAUAACUUCUCAAAUUUUCAGCAUUAUUUUCUAUUAAAGACAAUACCACGUGCCAUGGCCCAUUUAAGAAAUCUACAUGCUAUAUGCCCACCUGAGGUGUUUGAAUUUAUUAUGGGAUUGUUCAAGUACAAUGAUAACAGUAGAAAUAAGUAUUCUGAUUGUUACUACCGUGCCUCCUUGAUAGAUGCUGCUGCAGCAACAAUUACACCAGCUAUAACUAUUGUAGGAAGUGGUCAAGGAUUGAGUACAGACAGUUUGACAACAGAGGCCAAGAGAAUUCUGGAGGAAAUCACACGAUGUCUGAAUCUAGAGAAAUUAUUACCUUGCUAUAGACAUGUAGUCACUGUCAGUUGUUUAAAGGCUAUCAGAAUACUCCAGAAGAAUGGCCAUUUAACAACAGAUUCUACUUUCUUUAUUAACUAUGCUCAGUACGGUGUGUUUAGAGAUGUCAGAAUCACAGCUCUAGAAUGUUUGGUAGAUGUCAUCAAAACUGAUCUGAUGCCUGGUGAUUUGUACUGGUUACUAGAUCUCAUUGAAUCAGACAGAGACAAACAUGUAUGCCAUAUAGCUAUGAGACAGUUGAUAGAUAAUCCACCGUUCAAAAGACAGGAACAUAAUCCACUACAUACGGAGGACUUGGUGGAAAGGCUGUGGAAAAUGAUGAAUUCCACUUUGUCACAUGACAGUAGACUAAGAUGUGAUGUUGCUGACCUAUAUUUCACAUUGUAUGGUAGAACUAGGCCAACUUGUCUUGUUAUUCCAGAUAACCUUGUUGUAUUAAACCUUAAAGACAAGAAGACAAGAAUGAAUCCUGCCAUCGUUCCUGAAGAACUCGAGGACAUGUUUGAAAGUGACGAUGAUGAUGAUAUGAAUUUGAACUCCAGUAUGAAUGCCGCUGAAUCUGAUGACAAAGAAAUCAAUGUUAUGGAUGUGUCACCGCUAAAAGAUGACGUCAGUCUGAAACGUAAAAGUGACAUGGCAUUUGAUUUAAUGAUGUCAGAUCAUAGUAUGGUGACAUCAUUAACGCACAAUGAAGACAGUAACUCAGAAUUUAAGUUCAAACUGAAGGGAACCAGUACGGAGCAAACAAGUGAUACCAUGGCAACAGAUAAGAAAACACCUAAAACACCUGUUACUCCUUCUUCAGCAAAUCUGUCUUUUGCUACGGAGCUUUCGAAGUUUGUCGGGGUGAAACCAGAAGAAGAUAUAACGGUAGCCUCCUCGUUCACCAAAGAUACAGACAGAUUAAGUGAUGAUUCUAUGUCACCAUCACAAUCAAGUUCGGCUCCAGCUUCAGCUGUAACAUCCCAACCCACAUCAUUUUCUGGAUUGUUUUCAUCAGUAUCAAUGGUGGACUCUGUUGAUCAUAGUAAAUUACAUAAAGUCAAGAAAAAGAAGAAGAAAAACAAAAAACACAAACAUAAACAUAGACAUGAGAAGUCUGAAAGAGACACCUCUGUAGACAGGUUCAAAGACUCGGAACAAGAAAGUGUUCUGUCAUUAGACAGGUUUAAAGAAGGACACAAAUCAUCAGAAAGUAGUACUGUCAAUUCACCUUCUGUGUUUAAUAACCCGCCAAGCUCUCCAGAGUUUGAAGUUAUAUGAAAUCAUGACAGAAAUUGUUUUGAUUGAAUACUCUACCAUGGCUAAAACAAUCUAUUGAAAUCAAUGAGUUAUUUGAAUGAAGGAUGUGCAGUUGGAAGACAGAACUUGACAUAUUCAUACUGUUAAUGUGUUCACUACAUGUAUAAAGACAAAGCAGAAUUUGAUUCAAAUAUUGGAUUUAUGAAUGCUAAGACAUUAUUGUCCAUCAUAAUACAUUCUUUGUACAUGUGUUAUAGUCAAAAUGAAGAUAGUAAUAAAUAUGAGAAAGUAAUUGUUAUACAUAGUUUAUGGGAAGACGAUUACUGUAAUUAGGUUUAUCUUUUAUAGCAUUACAGUAGGGUUGUGCUGAACUUGUUGCACUGACACUGUCAAGUCAAGAUAUUGUGGUCUGAAGGCUCUGAACAUGCAGAAAUACAUUUAUUUUAAGUUAAAGGCUAUAAAAUGUCUACUUCCAGUUAAAGAACCAUGUACAGCCAAA